UCAGUUUGUCGUCAUAGUGGAGGACAGUCCGGAUCAAACGGGGUCGUUUUGCCUUCGCACCUGCGAAACGGAAUGGAUUGUUCCUGAUGUUGGGGAUGUAUCAUUUAAACUCAGUCCGUCCAGGUCACUGAUGGGCAUUAAAAGUUGAAUUAAUCCCUUUAUUAAGUUGGACUGAUUAUGGUUUAGAGUUUUGCUGCGAUUUCCUCACUCAUUUCGGUCGCGGCUGUAAAGUUUGGUCCUCCAACCCUCUGACAGCUCCGGUGUGGAAUCAAACACACCCGCGGUAUCUGUGUGACAGAGCAGCGGACCAAGAGAAGAGUAGCCUAGAUGGGAGCAGAGUGAAGUGGAAAUGGUCUACCAUCAGCGCGUCUCUCUGUGUCUCACUUGUUUUUUCCAAUCGUCCGAAACUCCGGCAGGUUUGCAAGAUGUGGUUUUAGCUGCUGGACUCGGGUCGAGAGUUUGGAUUCUCACUGUUGGAUCUACAGGAUGCAUCAUCACCUGAACCCACAUUAUGUGCAACCCGAAGAAAAUCGGAUCUGUUUGACAAGUUUAUUUUAAUCCCGAAACACCUCUAUAAACCUUAUACGAAGUCUUCUGAAGCGCAAUGAUUUUAACAACUUUUGUCAUGAUAUUGUCCUUCCCGGACUCAGUGUUCACCUUGAAGGGUGAGGGCAGCUCGUCCUCCCGGCCCGCCCGGCCGGACUGCGUAAAGGCCAGUGAACAAUGUCUGAAGGAGUACAGCUGCAGCACCAAGUACCGGACGAUGAGGCAGUGUGUGGCGGGCAGGGAAAACAACUUCAGCGCGGUCACCGGUACGGAGGCGCAGGGAGAGUGCCGCAGCGCUAUAGAUGCCAUGAAGCAGAGCACCCUCAAUAACUGCAGGUGUAGAAGAGGCAUGAAGAAGGAGAAGAACUGUCUCCGGAUCUUUUGGAGCAUAUUUCAGAGUUUACAGGGUAAUGAUUUGCUAGAGUACUCUCCAUAUGAACCAGUCAAUAGCCGGCUCUCAGAUAUCUUCCGCCUGGCUCCCAUCAUAGCUGUUGAGCCUGCAUCUACAAAGGAGAACAACUGUCUCAACGCUGCUAAGGCCUGCAACCUGAAUGACACAUGUAAGAAAUACCGCUCGGCUUACAUCAACCCCUGUACAAGCAGGGUGUCUGCUUCUGAGGUCUGCAACAAGCGCAAAUGCCACAAGGCCCUGCGGCAGUUCUUUGACAAGGUUCCAACGAAAUACAGCUAUGGGAUGCUGUUUUGCUCCUGUCCAGCGGGGGAUCAGACAGCAUGUGCAGAACGCCGGCGACAAACAAUUGUACCCAUCUGCUCCUAUGAGGAUAAAGACAAACCUAACUGUCUGUCUCUUCAGAACACAUGCAAGACCAACUACAUCUGCAGGUCAAGGCUGGCAGACUUCAUGAGCAACUGUCAGCCAGAAGCUCACUCCAUAUCCGGCUGUCUGAGGGAGAGCUAUGCUGACUGUCUGCUGUCUUACUCAGGUCUUAUCGGUACAGUGAUGACACCCAAUUAUGUGCGAUCCCUUGGUCUUACCCUGUCACCAUGGUGUGACUGCGGCAGCAGUGGGAACAGCAAGCCAGACUGUGACAGAUUUGCUGAGUUUUUCACCAACAAUCGAUGCCUACGUAAUGCCAUCCAGGCAUUUGGCAAUGGCACUGAUGUUGGAGUUUGGCAACCCCAACCCCCGAUACAGCCUACUGUACUAGAGCCUAGCAUCACUCGGAGGGGAAAAGAACGAACUAAUAAUGCACUGGAUGCACUGACAGACAUGACCAAACUGGAUCUUGAUGACGACUCAUCAUAUCACAUCUGUGGGACCUUACAGGCCCAAAAACUGGUGUCAAAUCUAACAGUGGAUACUGCUCAAUGUGUGAACCAUCAACUGGAUGAGUCUAGUGACUCCAAUGCUGUUGGUAGAAGCUCAGCAGCUGAACUCUCAAGUAUGCACCUGGCAUUAGCCUUGGCAUUAACGCCAAUAGUAUUACGGCUUGAAGAUUUCCAGCUUUUGUAGGAUCUGAGGACUGUGGAUCAACCCUCUUCUCUCAAAGUGGUUCAACUCAUUUUGAUUUAGACAUUUGCCAAAGUGCAACACCUACAUUUUUCUUGAAAUGGAAAUGAGAAAACACAGCACGGUAAGAGCACUGAAAUCAUAGACAACAGUGGAUUAUUAUUAUCUGAGGAGUCCAUGUUUACUGUAGCUGAGAUAUCAGCUCAUUCGCCUUCCAUGCCUCGUGGGGGCAAUUUGGUGACUUCAGGAAUCAGAUUUGCGCUGAGAAACACUAAUUUUUUUGGGAGUCUGUGAUCUGAUAAGCAUGUGAAUAAAUUCACUUCUUUGAAUGUGUUGCAAUCAGUGCACAUUUGACUGAAUGGACUGCCAAAAUGCUUAACAGUGUUGAAAGUGGAUCAUUCUCUGCAUAACUGUGCUUUGAUUUGUCCAGCCAAUAAACAUGCUUUAGUUCAACAAAAGGAAAACUAAGUGUUGAUAUAAAAGUGCUGGUCUAUAAUAUGUCAAAAGGGACAGCUAACAAAUUUCAUAGACACACUGUAUGGAAUAUGAUUCAUAAAACAUUUUAACUCAUUUAAAAUCCCAUAACAUUUUGUCAGUUUCCUCAAAGGACAAAGACAUAUCAGCCAAACGAAAACAAAAAAAAAGUUACAAUUUUCUCUUCUACAUGUUCCAUACUAGGUAUAGAUCCGGUUUGUAGAUUUGAUUGUUAUGGUGGUUUGUGGUUUUAUCACAUCGCCUCUAAAAGAACAUUUUGUACAUAUGAUACAUAAAGUGUACACUAUUACAGUAUGCUGCCGUUAGCUUGUAACAUAUUGUCUGUAAUGUUUUUGAGAGUCUAUGUUAGUAUCUGGGGACUGAGGCCUCUCAGCGUUAUCCAGUGUAGCUAUGAUUGAUAAAGUGUGACGGGGUACAAUUCAUUAAUAAUGUGGUUACAGAUAUGACUAUUGUGUGAUUAUAUUUUGAUUGCAAAGUGCAUAAUGUUAUCUUAAACAGUAUUUUUCUUGAGGCAUAUCAAACUCUGUAAUUCUGAAUCUGUAACAAUAAGAAGAACAUUACAAAAGUGUCUUUAAUGGCUAAAAAAAAGAAAUGUUGUUUUUCUGUCCUACUUUUGAUGGUUUGAUCCAGAUUCUUCAGACUGCCAGAUUUUACUUUCACAUUAUUGUGUCCUGGUAGAGAGCAAAAGGACAAGGGUUUGAUGAAUAAAAAAUGUGUAGUGUACAUAUCCACAAGUUGAGCAAACGCCAAAAGACAAAAGCCAGUAGACAUAAAUUGCUAGCAAUUAUUACUGAUGCAAAUGGCCAAGUUAAAAACAAGUACAUAAUUAUUAUAAAAGUAAUGAAACCCCUAAUUAUCAGACAUUCAAAGGAUGUACAACAUAAUGAUGAUGAACACUAAAAACUUGUUUUUAAACAUCCUAACAUUUCUAAAAAAAAAUAAUAAAAAACAAAUG